AUGUCUUCCGCUACCGAGCCUCUACUCUCAAAUAAACCAGCGGCUGUUCCAGUUGCUGCUCAAUCAGAGACCGUCAAACCUAAGCGUCAAAAUCAUAAGCCCCGACCUAAUUACGCCCACAUCCACCGGCAACCUCUACCUUUGGCAACCCACCCACUUCCUGCAUUCCACCCUACAAAUCCACUUUCCCUCCUCCGCCUAGCAUAUGCCUACAUCUCUCAAGUCCUCUCACCACCCUCCUCCCACCCCGCUUCUCCCUACGUGGGCUACUAUUCCCCUGCAACCUGCGCAAUCCACAUCACAGACCCGGGCCACAUUCGCGCAUUAUGGGAAAUGGGCUUCUUCGGUAAAGGAAAUCUCUCCCGUAGUGAGCCCUCCUGGAUGGACCGCGAGAAAGCUCGCCUUCAAGCUCGGAGGCAAGGUGGAACGACCGCAGAGGAAGCUACGAAUGCACGACGAGCUAAACGGAGGGACUUCAAAUUGGAACGCGCACGGAUUGAGGCGGAGAAGAUUGCGAGGCAGAGGGACGUGGAGGAAGGGAAGAUUAGCGCUGAGGAGGCAGCGAGAAUCGAGAGGGAAAUUGAGGCGGCCGAAGCGGCCAAGGUUGAUGCCCCAGUGACUAAACGAGAUGUACGCCCUCGGGACGAAGCGGAGAGUGAUGGCGAGGAGGGAAUCGAGGUGAUUGAGAAUCAAGAACAUCUUCAACUCACGCGCGAAGAAACAUUCUUUCUUUCCUACGGUCUUGGAGUUCUGGAUGUCCGAUCACCAACAACGGGGCGAAGCGAAGCCAUCUCGCUAGGAAAUGGACCCUCCUUGCUCAAACUCUUCGCACCAACCCUUGCACCUUCAGAACCUUUCUUGAUCAACUAUGCAGUCUACCACCACUUCCGCUCUCUAGGUUGGGUCGUACGGCCGGGGAUCAAGUUUGGAGUCGAUUACCUCCUCUAUUACCGCGGACCAGUAUUCUCGCACGCAGAGUUUGCUAUCAUCGUAAUUCCUUCAUACCCAAAGGGCAGUAAAGAAGCUGAGAGAAAGGCGAAAGAUUGGUGGUGGUUACACUGUGUGAAUCGAGUGCAGAGUCAGGUGCUCAAGAGUCUGGUUCUGUGUUAUGUUGAUGUUCCUGCUGCAGAAGAGUCGGGAAUAAAAGGCGAGGUGGAUAUUGGAAGAAUGCUGAGUGGUUUCAAGAUCAGGGAGUUUGUGGUUAGGAGAUGGGUUGCUAACCGGAUGCGAGAUUGA